UGAAUGGUUUUACCCAGAGGGCCGUGCGCCGCCUUUCUCCGCUCCCAUCUGCGCUGCUCGCUGCUCCUCCCCGGCCAUGGCGUUCACUUUCGCGGCCUUCUGCUAUAUGCUGGCAUUGCUGCUCACCGCUGCGCUUAUCUUUUUCGCCAUCUGGCACAUUAUAGCAUUUGAUGAACUGAAGACUGAUUACAAGAAUCCUAUAGACCAGUGUAAUACCCUGAACCCUCUUGUACUUCCAGAGUACCUCAUCCAUGCUUUCUUCUGUGUCAUGUUUCUUUGUGCAGCAGAAUGGCUCACACUGGGUCUCAAUAUGCCCCUCUUGGCAUAUCAUAUUUGGAGGUAUAUGAGUCGACCAGUGAUGAGUGGACCAGGACUCUAUGACCCUACAACCAUCAUGAAUGCAGAUAUUCUAGCAUAUUGUCAGAAAGAAGGAUGGUGCAAAUUAGCUUUUUAUCUCCUAGCAUUUUUUUACUACCUGUACGGCAUGAUCUAUGUUUUGGUGAGCUCUUAGAACAACACACAGAAGAAUUGAUCCAGUUAAGUGCAUGCAAAAGCCACCACAUGAAGGGAUUCUAUCCAGCAAGAUCUUGUUUCCAGGAGUAGCCUAUGGAAUCUGAUCAGUUACUUUAAAAAAUGACUCCUUAUUUUUUAAAUGUUUCCACAUUUUUUGCUUGUGGAAAGACUGUUUUCAUAUGUUAUACUAGGAUAAAGAAUUUAAAUGGAAUUACGUAUAAAUUAAUAUAAAAUGAUUACCUCUGGUGUUGACAGGUUUGAACUUGCACUCCUUAAGGAACAGCCAUAAUCCUCUGAAUGAUUGUGUUAAUUACUGAUUGUCCUUAGUCCAUUGGAAGCUUUUGUUUAUAGGACCUUGUAGGGCUCAUUUUGGUUUUAUUGAGAUGCCACGUACUUAUAAAUUAGCUGUAGGUAUCAGGUGCUUUUGAUGAACUGAAAAUGUAUAUCUGACCUGUGGGAAACGCCAUGGUUUCCUCAUCUAUCAUGUAGAUGAUUAUAUAUGGAUACAUUUACAAACAUAAGAGUGGGAUUUUUUCCCCUUUGACUUGAAAAUUAUCCCUGUAUAUUGCAUGAAUGAGAGAUUUCCCAUAUUUCCAUCAGAGUAAUAUACUUGCUUUAAUUCUUAAGCAUAAGUGAAUAUGAUAUAAAAAUAUAUAUUGAAUUACUUGUGAAGAAUGCAUUUAAAACUAUUUUAAAUGUGUUUUUAUUUGUAAGAUUACUAAGAAAUUGGUUAUUAUACUUACUGUUCUAAUCUGGUGGUAAAAGUAUUCUUAAGAAUUUGCAAGUACCUUAGAUUUUCAAAACUGAAUGAGAGAGAACAUUGUAUAACCAUCCUGCUGUUCCUUUAGUGCAGUACAAUAAAACUCUGAAAUUAAGACUUAUUUUCAGUGCAUUGUGUUAACGAUUACAAAUAGCUAUUUCUUAAAUUUAAUUUUUAAUAAAGACAUUGCUGUCAUUUUUUUAAUAGUAAAGUAUUACAUUGUAGUUUUUUUCUUAAAAAAUACCAUGCCAGAAUCUAAAAAGGAAGAUUUUUAAAUGAACAAAUGCAUUACUCUCUCUUGCCAUUUGAGAUAUAUAUUUUAUUGGCAAGAUUUAUAAAUGCUGAUGCCACAGCAUCAUUUUUCUUACCAAUUUAAAAAAUUGUGACGCAUAACAUGUUUUAAAUUCUUUUUUCCUGUUUGAAACAGCAGGUUUUAAGGUAAAAUCACUUGUAAACUUCUUUGGGUUUUUGCUGCUGCUUCUAAGUCUGGUAAAUUAUGGCUUGCAUGUUUUCAUAAGUAUUCUUGUGCUUUAUGUGGCAUGAGGAAGUUAAGGCAAUUGAAAGUAGUUUAAGUGGUUCAGAAGUGUUUCUGAACAAAGGAUCAAAGAAAGAAAACCAAUACGUACAAAUUUCCCAUAAUGAUCCAGGGAGUUUAUGAAUGUGUUUGUGGGAGUUUUACUCUCAGAACUCCUUGAAUUAGAUGCUGUUUUAUUCUCUACUAGUGAAACAGUGCUUUGAAAUAACCCUUCCCCACUUUUGAAAAAAUAACUUGUCAGCUUUUUAGGGAUUGGGUAUGUGGGUGAGCUAUGUAGAAGAGGUUGUAGAAAUAGCAGAGUGAGGAGAGUAAAACCAUUUCAUAAUGAGGAAUGCUUUCAAAACCUUGUGUUUUUUAUUCUGGAGAAUGCCUGGAGGGAUCCGACCCUUUGGUUCAUGCAGUAAAUUACUGAGCACUUGUUUCAUGCUAGCAUUGUCCUAGGCACUGAGGAUUCAUGCUCUGAGUUUGAGCAAUCAGUUAAGAAACUGACUAGCACCCACUCCUUUCCUUCUUGUUCACAGGUACUUCUGAUCACGAGAGACUUGGCCAAGUCGUCUAUAAUCCAAAUGAGUUUUCCUGGGGCAGCUACUUUAGGGCUCCUGUUCGGUGUUGUCACAAACCCUUGCUGUAUCUUAGCAAACACUGCUUCCCUUUAUAAGCUUUAACAAACAUCCUUUUAAUAAUCUAUUUCAGAAUGUUCUCUAGGAUUAAUGGAAAGUUUGCUCAUUGUAAUUUGCGGAAGCCACCUUCUCAGGCUUCAAAAAUUAGAUAAUGUAGUGCUCAGUUGAUUCCUCAAAGAUGAUUGAUGAUUCCUAGUGAGUUCACCUAUCUCAGUUGCAGUCGUAGGUUGUUAAUUCCUAGUCAUGUAAUUGACUAAAGAUUGAAUAUCUGGGUACUCUCAUAAUAUCUACCCACUUUUGCUUUUUCUAUCGUUUUAUGAUAUUAGAUCACUUACCAAGAGAAAACAGAAAUAAAUUGCUUUUAUUUGACAUUGUCCCACUGGCUUUUUUCCUUGCUCUGAAUUUACUUUCUUUCCCCCAUUAAUCUGUUCUGGAUAUUCCUAACCUUUGAUUAUUCCUGCAGGUCCAGCUGAGGCAUAGUUAGCGGGGGUUUGUAAUCCUUCCCUUCCCUGUGCUACCACAGCUGUUUAUUUAGGUACUUCUUUCCUUGUUUCAGUUACUUUUGAUAUUAAAUGUUUUGACCUAUCCUUAAGAGCUCAGAAACCAUCCUCCCCUUCUGUGCCUGUUUUACUGCAUCUGGUGUAACACGUGAUGGUUAUAUCUCUUUAUCAACAGAUUCUGAAUUCAAAAUCUCAUAUAACAUAUAUAUUUAGCAGUUAUUCUAUUGAAUAAUAAUACUAUAUCAUGCUAUUAUGUCCCGUUAGUGCUAAACAUGUAUAGGGGUAGAAACUGUUUGAAUACCCAUAUCUCAGUUUUAUCAGUAAUGUUUGAUGAUUUUCACAGUAUCUCAUAACUUGGAUCCCCUAUCCUGGGGUAUAGGAGAGUUUGGUGCCAGGCCAUAGACAAAUUCUUAAUUUGAAGUUUGAAUUUUUUUCAUGGGAAGGGGGAGUGAUAGGAAAUAAUCAGACAACCCACUCUUGGCAUGGUGUUACUAUAAUACCAUAGGUUAUACCAUGAACUGCUAGACCUACCAGUCAAGUUCAGAUACUCAGAUAUUGGUCUUUCACAAGGUAACAAAGUAUGUAGCAGUUUAUCUGCAGCAUGUGUCUCUUUCAAAGCCUGUUUAGUGUGUUUCAUUUCUCGGACUGUUCAUGCUAAUAGCUUUCAUAGAGCGCUUCUCUGAUCCCCAAAUCAACUUAUUUUGAAAAUAUGUCAAAUGCUUUGAAAUUGGCAAAAUGGUUUCCUUUCUACAACAUUUCUCUUUCCCCCCAAUUAUGUUUAUGAAUAGUGUUCACUGAAUAUUAUUGCCAGGGUACAGAUAAUGGCUUCUGUGUAUCUCCUGUUCCCUGCAGGGGUGAACUUUCAUCUUAGUUGUGCCUACAUCAUAGCAGUGUGAUAUAUCAAGUUUAUUCAAAUAAUCUUUAUUAAAAAAAGUAUAUAUCAAGUUUACUUACUUAUAUCAUUUAACAUCCACAGUGUCCAUCUUUCAGUCAUCAGUUGUAUAGUAUAAUUGUAAAUCAGAAACACUGAUGGCAAAAAUAUUUUAAAAAUCUUUCUAGAGGGGAAAAGAAAAAAAAAAAGAUACCUCAUGCCUAGCAUGGUUCAUGAAAGAUACUCAUGUUCAUCCUUUUAGGAAAUGACUAAUAAAGUUAUUCACAAGUAAUUUGCAGCUCUUUUGCUCAGAACCAAUUCUUGGUCUGCAACUCAGCAGCAGGUAAUAUGUGUCUGGUACUAGUGAUAUAGCUGAGAGCAUGGUUCUGAACUAAUACUCCAGGUUGAUGCCAAGAGAAAAAAAUGUGAUUCCAUUUCUGGAUAUGUUGACCAGCUUUCUUAGAAUAGUUUUAUUUGGCUAAAAUUAAGAGUUCUAAAGCUAAAUGUCUAAAAUGAGUAAAUAACUGCUGCUUGUUUUGGUUUUUGAAAAUAGUAUUAACCAUAUAAAGUGAUUGUAAGUUUCAUCCCAAAUUAAAUCUAUUAACGCAUAUAGUGGAAGUGAAGAGGUAGAAAACACCAUGACAGGAAAAAAGAACGAAUUGCACCUUUCAUAUUGAAGUUAGUUUUUAUUGUACAAUGCUUUUUCUAAAUAUUUAAAUUUCCUUGGCUACCAUAUUCAUAUAUUCUGGAGAAGAAAAACUUCUUAAAUAGAUUGAGGACAAGGUAGAUCUUAAAACUACCCAGAGAAACACAGGAUGUAGUUAGCUAUCUGUGCUCAUGGUUUGUUAAAAUCUAAGUUAACUUUUAGUGGUGCUGUAUCACCAUCCAAAGAAAAUGCCCUUAAAUAGUCUUACCAUACUCCUAAGAGCUUGCUUGAUUUAUUUUGCUUUUGUAUAUUUAAUAAAAACUGUCUCAAAUGUU